AUGACUUUACAACUAGCUGAUCGUUCAUUGAAAUAUCCCGAUGGGAUUGUAGAAGAUGUGCUAGUUAAAGUAGAUAAAUUCAUUUUGCCUGUUGAUUUUGUGGUACUUGAAAUGCCUGAAGAUGAUGAAGCACCAAUCAUUUUAGGUCGUCCAUUCUUAGCCACUGGUAAGGCGAUGAUUGAUAUGGAAUUAGGAUCUUUAAUGCUUAGGGUAAAUGGAGAAGAAGUUGUUUUUAAUUUGACAGAUGCAUUUAAACACUCUGAGCAUGUUGAGCAUUGCAGUAGAAUAGACGUGAUCGAGGACUGUGUUUCCUCCUUUUUUGAUUUGUAUGAAUUAUGUGAUUCUGUUGAGCACUGCAUUGUUAACUCUAUUGAUUUGCAUUCUGCCUCCCCUGAAACUCCUAUUGAAAAUGAUGUGCUUGAUUGUGUGUUGUUUCUUGAGUGUGCCGAGAUUUUAGGUGUAGACGAGGUAGGAAUCGUCCCUGAGAUACCAGUUAGUGUGAAAACGGCCCCCGUAUUGGAAUUGAAGCAAUUACCGGAUUAUCUUUGUUAUGCUUUUCUUGGAGCAAACAAGACUUAUCCGGUGAUUAUUUCUUCUAGUUUGAGCGAGGCCGAAACAAACACACUGCUGAAGGUCCUUAGAGAAUAUAGGUCGGCUACAGGUUGGUCUAUUGAGGAUAUUAAGGGAAUUAGCCCGUCUAUUGUUCAACACAAAAUUCUAAUGGAAGACGUCUAUAAACCGAGAGUCCAACCUCAGAGGCGGUUAAACCCAUCAAUGAAAGAGGUAGUCAAAAAAGAAGUCUUAAAACUGUUGGGCGCUGGUAUGAUUUAUGCAAUUUCUGACAGUCCGUGGGUCAGUCCGGUGCAGGUUGUGCCAAAGAGGGGUGGGAUGACGGUUAUUGUGAAUGAUAAAAAUGAACUUAUUCCGUCUAGAACAGUCACUGGGUGGCGUGCACAGAAGAACUAUUCAACGACCGAAAAGGAAAUGCUUGUUGUCGUUUAUGCUGUUGACAAGUUCAGACCGUAUAUUUUGGGGUCUCAGGAAUUCGACUUGGAAAUCAGAGACAAAAAGGGGAGCGAGAAUGUGGUAGCAGAUCAUCUUUCUAGACUCAUACUAGAAGAAGUUCCAGCCGAAGGAAAUAUUCAGGAAUCGUUCCCAGACGAGCAACUGCUCGCCAUUAGUACUCACACUCCGUGGUAUGCUGAUGUGGCCAACUUCUUGGCCAGUGGAAUCAUUCCUGAUGAUCUAUCUUAUCACCAAAAGAAAAAAUUCCUUCACGACAGUCGUUUCUAUCUUUGGGACGAGCCGUUGCUUUUCAGAACCGGCUCCGAUCGUGUCAUCCGAAGAUGUGUUCCGGAAACCGAAGUACGUGAGAUUCUCACACAUUGCCACUCUACACCUUGUGGCUGGCAUCACGGGGAAUCUCGCACAGCUGCCAAGGUUCUGCAGUCAGGCUUCUUUUGGCCAACCCUAUUCCGAGAUAGUUACGAGUUCGUGAAACGGUGUGAUCGAUGCCAACGAACAGGGAACCUAUCCAACAAAAGCCAAAUGCCUUUGAACAACAUGCAAGAGGUGGAGCUUUUCGAUGUUUGGGGCAUAGACUUCAUGGGACCAUUCCCUUCUUCGAACGGGAAGUUAUACAUUCUGCUUGCCGUGGACUACGUGUCCAAAUGGGUCGAAGCAAUUGCUACCACUACCAACGAUGCUCGUACAGUCCUCAAAUUCUUCCACAAGAACAUAUUCUCAAGGUUUGGGACACCUAGGGCGUUCAUUAGCGAUGAAGGAUCUCACUUCUGCAACAAACUGCUCACUAAUCUCACGAACAAGUUGGGGAUCCGACACAAAAUUGCGCUUGCCUAUCAUCCACAAACAAAUGGCCUUGCUGAGUUGUCAAACCGAGAAAUCAAACAGAUUCUGGAGAAGACCGUGAGCACGAACCGAAAAGAUUGGGCGUUGAAGCUCGAUGAUGCACUUUGGGCCUAUCGAACCGCAUUCAAGACACCGAUUGGGAUGUCUCCGUACAAACUCGUGUUUGGGAAAGCAUGCCACCUGCCAGUGGAAUUGGAGCACCGAGCUUAUUGGGCAGUCAAAAAGCUCAAUUUCGAUCAAACAGCUACCGGCGAUCGUCGAUUGCUUCAACUCAACGAAUUGGAGGAGUUCAGAAACGAUGCUUACGAGAAUGCCAAGAUUUACAAAGAAAAGACGAAAAAGUGGCAUGACAAAAGAAUUACAAAGCGAGAGUUUCGGGCAGGUGACCAAGUCCUGCUAUUCAAUUCUCGACUACGACUAUUUCCGGGAAAGCUAAAGUCCCGUUGGUCAGGGCCAUUCGUAGUCCUGAGCGCAACCCCACAAGGAGUUAUUGAAAUCCGAGGACGAGAUGGCCCAUCAUUCAAAGUCAAUGAGCAACGAGUCAAGCAUUACUACCCAAAUGGUGCUCCCGAGGAAGUGGAGCGUGUUGCACUGAUUUUCUCCCAAUAA